UUAAUAGUGGAAUUUUAAUAAAACUAGCUUGAAAUAGCGUUAAUUAGUAAACAAAUUCCAAUUAGAAAAACAAAUAGAUAUGCAGAAAAUAACGGUAUAUAAAGAUGCGGUCACUCUUCUGAUCAAGCAGUUCUUAAGUUGACUUUGCUAGGUGAAUUAGAAUGGCAAAGGUGUUAAAACGUUUAUUUCUUGGGAUAGCUCUGGUAAAUAUUUGCACAGCAUUUCCUCUAGAAAAUGGAGGUAAUGCUCCACAAGGUGGGAAACAAAAGCUAAAUAAUGGGAUAUCAGAAAAUUAUGAAAACAAGUCCUAUACGCAAGAUACCAAAACAGAAAUACUAUUACUGGAUACACCAGAUAGAAAUACACCCAAAAUAGAAUAUUCACUCAACAGCCCAGAAAAUAUUCGAGAUAAACGAAGUUCUUUGACAGAAGAUAUAUCAGAUGAGUACCUAGAAAGAGAUGGAAAAAAGAGAAAGAAAGACAAUUCUGAAGAAAGCUCGCCGUCCGAGGAAGAUUCUUCCGAAAACAAGCUGAAACACAAAAAAGAUAAAAGAAAACCUGACAAAGAUACUGAUCAAGAGUGUUCUGAAGAUAAACCACCCAAAUUUUCAUUUAGGGAGUCUAGAGGAAAACAUAAAAAUAAGAACAAACCUCCAAAAGGAAAUCAACCGUGCGGUGAUGAGGAAAUUGACGAAGGCGAUUUUGAGGAAAGGCCUACUUCAAAUAAAAAACCUUCAAAGGAUCGAAACAAAUAUAAACCAACGAAAGAGGAAUUUGAUGAUAACGUUGAAAAUUUACCUGAAAAUGAUGAAAAUGUUAAAGUAGAAUUUAAAGAAAAGCAUGAAAAUGCACAAAGUAAAUUUGAAAAGAUUGAGAUGGGUCAACCUGCGCCUAGGAAACGUAGGGCAAGAAGUGUUUUAGAGCCUGAAAGUACUGUUGAUCCUAAUCAACCUUCUAUCCACCAAGAUCCACUUCCAUCUUCAAUAGUUGAAAUUUCGAGUGAAGAACCAAUUUUGUAUGUCACGCCUCAAAAUGAAGAAUAAAUGAUAUUGUGUGUAAAUGUAAAG